UCGGUUUCAAACCCUCUUCCCCACUCGCUUCCACAGUUCUCCGCUUCCGCCCACAGAAGCUAGGGUUUCCGGUCGGAAUCGCGGAGAGGAUGCCGGCCAGCGCGGCUGCGGCCGCCGCGGAAGGUGAGGAGAAGACGGCGGAGGCGGGGGGCAGGGAGCUGCUGUACUGCGGCACGGUGCGCUUCGACAUCAUGGGCCGGAAGGUGAAGGGCGGGGUGCAGGGCAGAGGCAACCUGGUGUCCCCGACGCGGCUGCGCCCUCUCGUGGGCGUGGAUAUCCGCUUCGUCGCCUCCGGCUGUGCGGCUUGCCACUGUGUUGCUUUGAGCGCGGACGGCCGUUGCUUCUCAUGGGGUCGAAAUGAGAAUGGGCAGCUGGGGCAUGGGGACACUCUCUUGCGUAACCUGCCAACUGUUGUUUCUAAACUAUCAAAAUACAACAUAACCGCAGCAGGUGUUGGAAGAAAUCAUACGGUGGUCGUAACUGACGAAGGGAAGUCCUUUGCAUUUGGUGACAACAGACAUGGCCAGUUGGGGACGGGUUCACUAAGGAGUGGAACUAAGGUGUUGCCAGUCCCCUGCCUUGUUACUAAAGCAACUAAUGCUGUUUGUGGUGCUGAAUUUACUGUCUGGCUGUCAUCAGUUGAGGGCUCUUCCAUACUUACAGCAGGUCUUCCCCAGUACGGCCAACUUGGUCAUGGAAGCGACAAUGAGUAUAAUGCCAAUGCAUCAUCGGUAAGGCUAACAUAUGAUCCCCAGCCCCACCCUAGGGCAAUAGCUGCAUUAUCUGGGAAGACCGUUGUCAAGGUUGCAUGUGGAACAAAUCAUACAGUUGCAGUUGAUUCAAGUGGUUUUGUUUACACCUGGGGUUUUGGUGGAUAUGGAAGGUUGGGACACAAUGAACAGAAAGAUGAGUGGCAACCACGCCUCAUUGAAAUAUUUCAAAAGAACAAUAUCCUAUCUCCCAGUGAUAUUAUCUCAGCUGGUUCUGCAAGUUCUGCGUGCACAGCCGGUGGUCGUGGGCAGCUGUAUGCGUGGGGAAAGUUGAAGAACUGGGGCGAUGAGUGCAUGUAUCCAAAGCCAGUUAGAGAUUUAAGCGGUUGGAACAUCCGCUGCAUGGCUUCUGGCGACAUGCACCAUAUUGUUGGUGCAGAGGAUUCUUGCAUAAGUUGGGGUCUUUCUGAAUAUGGAGAGCUUGGUUAUGGCCCUACACAAAAGUCAUCUGUAAAUCCUAAAAAGGUUGACAUUCUUGAAGGAAUGCAUAUUACAAGUGUUGGUUGUGGAGUUGGGAUGUCUCUGAUUGUUGUAGACAGGGCAAAUAUUGGUGAUAUGCUUGAUCAGCUGGAUAAUUUUGAUGGUGAUAUUGAUGCUCUCUUUCAAGAGAACACGAAAAAGCUCUACUUUCUUCCGCGCCGAGACAUUAAAGAAAAACCAAAACCAAAGACGAGCCAACAUCCCGCAAUCAAAGAAACAGCAGAAGAGACACCGGAGGUGGAGCAGGUAACCAAGGCGGCAUCUCCCGCCACCAACUCACGCUCCAACAAGCGCAAGAAAGCCUCGGAACACGCAGAACCAGAAGCCGAGGACGGGAUCAGACAGGCACCCAAGGAGGAGGCAGAGUGUGGAAGUCAUGGUCGCGGGCGGGGCAGAGGCAGAGGCAGGGGGGCCAAGACGGCGACUCCGAAGCCAGUGCCGUAGGGAAGGGGCAGAGGCCGAGGCCGCCCUAAGAAGGGAACCGGGAGCCCUGGCGCUGCUCCUCCGCAAGCCGGGAGCUCGGGGCGAGGUGGGAAGAAGAGCGGGAAGCGAGGGAGGCCUCGCAAGUGAUCGGCCGGGUGAGCCUCGGGCUUGGCAGAGUUUUUUUUGGUCAGAUCAGCUGGCAGCGAGAGUGGUUGUUACUCUUUGGUGCUGCCAUGCCACGUUGCUGCAGGUCCUAGUCAUGCCAUAGUAAUCUGAUGGCUUUGAACUCCUAGUCUAAUGGAGAUGGCAAGGGCUGGAUUCAUUACCCCCUGCAAAUUGUGGAUGCCAGCCAUGGACACUGUAGGUACGAGCAGUGAUGCUCUGGCGGCUUAUGUUUUGUGAAGGAAUGAACGGGCAAUCCUGCAAGAAAAUUUACCUUUUGCGAGAA